AUGGAGUCAUCCAUCAACACUAUAAUUAGCACAAAAUCUCACAGGGAGCCGGACAAGCAUACGUACUACAACACCCGACAACACGGAGCCCAGCAAGGAGAAGAAGACCGCACGUCACAUUCUGGUGGCACGAGAACAGGUCCCGAAAAUCAGAGCGGAAGGGAGUUGAGUGACGUAGAACACUUCCCAUUCAAUUGCGGAGGGAUCGAACGACACUUCGGAGAUCAAGAAAUGAAGGACAACGAAUUGCUCCUCAUGCGCAUCUACUGCAGUGUUCGGGAAGCACUGUUCCGAUGCUUGUCCGAGAAUAAGAAGCGUGGCCGAAAGACUAGAAGUUCUCCACGAGGAAGAGAUCUGACUGAACCGUUGGCGCCACCAACUGAGCACCAUGAGCGCCACGCAAGCAUCUGCACCAAGCCCAAAGCGUACACCCAGAAAGUCCAGCCAAAGAAGGAUCUUCUUAGAAGAAUUGACAGAUGCAAGGAGGAAAUCAUGAACUUGUGGAGUGCAACGCAACGAGUACAAGAAGAGGAACGGACACCAGAUUAA